GGCAUGUGGUGUGAUACAUAGAAAUGUGUGGGAUUUAAGAGAGAAAUUAUUGAGGGAAUAGGAUUUGAGAUUGAGAAGGAACCAAAUUAUUAAAGAGAAGCUUUCUUGUGGUGGCAUCCCAAAAAUCGCAACUGUUUCAUCAUAUAAUCCCGUAUUCAUGAAGGCUUCGUAUCGAAGGUAGUCACUGGGGAGAGAUUGCAAGGUUAUGUACAAAUCCGCCAUUGAUAGAGACACUAAGAAACAGAGAUCCAGAAAGAUCAUAGGAAGGAAGGAGAAGUCUGUGUUUGUGGGUUUUGAAUAUCACUCUCAGAAAAAAACUUGUGGAUGGCAAGGGAGAAGGUAGAGGAGAAGCACAAGGUAGUGCGACUCGGAAAAUACGAGAUUGGAAGGACUCUUGGGGAAGGGAAUUUCGGGAAGGUGAAAUUGGCAAAGCAUGUCGGUUCCGGCCUACUCUUCGCCGUCAAGGUCCUCGACAAGAGCAGAAUCACCAACCUCAAGAUCAACGAUCAGAUAAAAAGGGAGAUUGCUUCCUUGAAACUCCUCAAACAUCCAAACGUGGUCCGAUUACAUGAGGUCCUGGCAAGCAAAACCAAGAUUUAUAUGGUGCUGGAGUAUGUAAAUGGAGGGGAGUUGUUUGACAGAAUUGCAAACAAUGGGAGACUCCCUGAAGCUAAGGGAAGGAAGCUUUUCCAGCAGUUGAUUGACGCUGUGAGUUACUGUCAUCAUAAAGGAAUCUUCCACCGGGAUCUUAAGCUGGAGAAUAUUCUUCUCGAUGCAAAAGGAAACAUAAAGAUAUCUGAUUUUGGCCUCAGCGCACUGCCUCAACAUUUUAGGGAGGACGGUUUACUUCACACAACCUGUGGAAGUCCUAAUUAUGUUGCACCAGAGGUUCUUCAGAAUAGAGGGUAUGAUGGUUCCACCUCUGAUAUAUGGUCCUGCGGUGUCAUCUUGUAUGUUAUCCUCACAGGAUACCUCCCUUUUGAUGAUAGAAAUAUGGCAGUUCUCUAUCUGAAGAUUUUCGAAGGGAAUCCUCAUAUCCCUACAUGGUUAUCACCUGGAGCUCAGAACUUGAUACGAAGGAUUCUUGAUCCAAAUCCUGAUACUAGAAUAACAAUGGCGGAUAUCAAAGAAGAUGAAUGGUUCAAGCAAGAAUAUACUCCUGAAGUUCCAGACGAUGAAGAGGACGAUAUAUACAUUGACGAGGAAGCCUUCUCAAUGAGUGAACCGCCAUCUUGUGCACCUAAGAGUCCAGAUUCUCCAACACUCAUCAACGCUUUUCAGUUGAUUGGAAUGUCCUCAAGUCUGGACCUCUCUGGUUUCUUUGAGAACGAGGAUGUCUCUCAAAGGAAGAUCCUGUUUACAUCCAAUCAUUCUGCAAAAGAUUUGCUUGCAAGGAUGAAAGAUACAGUAACAGAGAUGGGAUUUCGAGUCCAAAAAAAGAAUGGAAAGUUGAAAGCAACACAGGAGCACAGAGGUCAGAGAUGUUUAGGAAAUCUUUCUGUUGCGGCUGAGGUAUUCGAGAUUAGUCCAUCCUUGCAUGUAGUUGAAUUAUGUAAAUCACAUGGUGACUCUUCGACGUAUAGACAGUUAUGUAGAAGGAUAACGAGUGAUUUAGGUGUCCCUCAAAGCCAAGGGCUGCUGCAAACAGAAGCUUGAAACAACAAUGACGGUUCUGAGGCUGCAAGGAAAACUGAUUUAGGCUUUUAUUAACUAGAAAAAAUUUUCAUUUUUUUAGAUGUUUCCAUCUAUGAAUGUCAUAAUGUCAUCUUGGUUUUCAACAUGUAAUAAACAGUAUUUUCUGGG